AUGGAUGGAGCCAAACUUGGAGCCAAACGGAAUAAGCAAAACGCCCAGGCACAAGCUAAAGAACAGGCAAUGAAAAAAGCUGCUGAAGCUGGAUCAUCGUCUAACAUUACCAAUGAACUAACUUUCCAGCAGAUAUUCGGCAUUGAAACCAUAAGGAAAGAUUGGAGCUCAGGAGUUAGGCAAAUUAUUGGAAUCGUUAUGGACCAAGGUUUAAGAGAUAUUUGCUGGGCCAUUUGUUUUGCUCGCCUUGUACAGGCUCUCUACAACAUGGAACAUCCAAAUGAUCCAAAUGAGUUCUCAAUCAAUGAUCUGAUUGGUUACAUAAAGCCCAAUGAAGCAAAAGGUUUGGGACUUGCCAAUUUAAAGAAGGCUUUCAAGCAUAUCAAAGUGACAGGAAUGCUUAAGAUGUCUACAAAAGGCCAUGAAAAGGCAGGGGAUAAGGGGAAAAGAGUUAAAGAAACAUUUGACCUCUACGAGGAUGUGGAUGCUUCAUAUAUCCGACAGAAGUUGGAUAGGUUUCCUGUUGCAUUGCGACUACAGAUUGACGUGCCACUUUCAGAUAAUAGUGGACAGAUUUACUAUUUGCCGAAGAAGAAAAUCAUCACAGAAGAUUCUCGUAUGCAUUGCUUACUGCUUAUUGGCUAUGGAAUUACCAGAGACGGAAAGUUAUAUUUCAGUGGGCAAAAUUCUUGGGGUGUCAACUGGGGAUGCAAGGGUUAUAUCCGAAUCAUCAUCGAAGAAAAAUGUGACAUAAUUUGCCGCAAAGAGUAA